GAACCAGAAAGAGCAAAGGCCUGAAGAGCAAGAUAGAACCACCCAGAGUGGUGGGGCUGCUGGAGGAGGGAGAAUCAGACCCCUCCACCCCCAGCUGCAGGAGCCCAGUAGUUUAGAGCCAGGAGCUUGGAGCCAGUAGCAAGGAAGAGGGCGGUGUGAUCCUGAGCAAACCCCUUCCUCUGUCUGGGCCCACUUCCUCCCUCACAGAGACCUGGAAACACAGGCUAGAAAAGCUCAGUGGGUCACUUCCCAAUAUGAACUCUCUAAAUCCAUAGGAUGACUCCACCCAUUAGACGCUGGGCUGGGAAUUGACACUUUAAAAAACCGUCUAGGGCAUCCCACACCCUCAGGAGCUCCUCCCCUGCUUGAGCAAGCUAAUCCACCCACCCCUCACUUCCUCUAGAGUGUUCUUACUGCCACUGCUGCCGACCUUAGGCGUCCUGCAGGUGAAAAGCCAGCAUCCUGGAUUAAGUUUACCUCAAAAAUGGGAGAAAUCAGGUUGGAUAAUUUCCAAUUUGAAGAUUUCAUAAGUGGAGAUAUUGAUAAUUACAAUUAUAGCUCUAUCCUGCCUCCUACUCUACUGGAUGCUGCCCCAUGCCACCCAGAGAGCCUAAAUAUUAACGGAUAUGCUGUGGUUAUAAUUUAUAUACUGGUGACUCUGCUGAGCCUUCUGGGAAAUGCUCUGGUGAUAUUAGUUGUGUUAUACAACCGGAGCACCAGCUCUGUCACUGAUAUCUACCUGCUAAACCUAGCCAUUGCCGAUCUGUUCUUUGCCCUGACCUUGCCUGUCUGGGCAGCAUCGAAGGUAUUGGGAUGGAUUUUUGGCUCAACCCUGUGCAAGCUAUUCUCAUUCAUCAAGGAAGUUACCUUCUACAGCAGCGUUCUGCUACUAGCCUGUAUCAGCAUGGACCGCUACCUGGCCAUCGUCCAUGCCACAAGCACACUAAUCCAGAAGAGACAUUUGGUCAAGUUUGUAUGCAUAACCAUGUGGGUGCUGUCAGUAUUUUUGUCCCUGCCCAGCUUAAUUAUACGUAAUACUUUUAUGUACUCUUCUACUCUACACUGCUAUGAAAAUGUAGGUAAGGAGACAUCGGAGUUGAGGGUGGUACUGCGCUUCCUGCCUCAGACCAUCGGCUUCCUCCUGCCACUGCUGAUCAUGCUGUUCUGCUACGGGUUCACACUGCGCACACUCUUUAAGGCCCACAUGGGGCAGAAGCACCGGGCCAUGAGAGUCAUUUUUGCUGUUGUGCUUGUCUUCCUACUCUGCUGGCUGCCCUACAACAUAGUCCUUUUCACAGACACCCUCAUGAGAACCAACAAGAUUGAGGACAGCUGCGAGCGCCGGAAUGAAAUUGGCAGGGCCUUGACUGCUACUGAGAUUCUUGGCUUCUUCCACAGCUGCCUUAACCCCAUCAUUUAUGCCUUUAUUGGCCAGAAAUUUCGCCAUGGACUCCUCAAGAUCAUGGCUACUUAUGGCCUUGUCAGCAAGAAGUUCUUAGCCAAGGAAAGGCCUUCUUUUGUUGGCUCUUCUUCCCGGAAUACCUCCACUACCCUCUGAGACUGCUCACCUAAACUGUGGCCCCUUGGGAUUCCUUCUUGUCCUUUAGCAUGACUCACAUCCACAAACUGUGGU